AAGGGCUUUUCAUCAGACCCGCCGCGGCCCCCAGCCUUCCCAUAUCUGCCCGAUCGCAUUGGAUUUGGUCAUGGAGAAAUCGCUUAGCUACUGCUGCAAUUACGCGUCUGCUGCAGUGCACUGCAUGCGGCUGGAGAUAUGAAGAGGAGUUCGAUUACUUUGUUUUCGCAUUUCUCUUUUCUGCGACUACUCGCAACGAUACCUUCCUAUGUCUCAUGUUUUGCAUUCUUCGGUUCAUUCCGACAUCUCAAAACCAAGAACCACAAAAAAACAGACAAAAUCAACGAAAAGAGUCAGAAAACAGAGGAGAGAACAAACAAAGAGGAGAAGAGAGACGAAGAGAGAGAGAGAGAAAUCUGUCGUGCGACCCUGCUUCAUGCUGUCUACACCGGGGGGAAAGCGGAAGACGCCCACUCCAGGUCGGGGGCAUUCCCAACAUUGGUUUUCUGGCUGCAGCCAAGAUGUACUGUAACUUACUGCAUGCAAGCAGUGACUCAUCCGUCUCGGACGCAGGAUUUGUGUGCUUAGUCUAGAGCACGAUGGCUGCAGCUGACCUGCAGGCCGCGCCUUUCCUUUGGCUUUUUUUUUCUCUGACUUCGGAUUUCCCUUAAGGAAACCGUCCCCUCCUUUCAAUGUUCCCAAACAGGGAUUCUAGAUCAGAAAUUGAAUUUCUUAUGUCGUGAUUGGUGGUUCCACGUGUCCAGUUAUGUAUGCAGUAUGAAUUAAGGCUC